AUGGCGUCGCACAUUCACUCUGCUAAGUCAUUUACCAAUCCCUUUCACUUGUCGUUGCGAAACUUGCAAUUAGCCGACAAACAGGGCGACCCGAUCUAUUACGUGGGUGUUGAUGUUGGCACGGGAUCUGCGAGGGCUGCGGUUGUUGACCAGACUGGAGCCAUCCUCGGUCUUGCCGAGCGGCCAAUCACAAGAAACGAGUUGAAGGCCAACUUUAUCACGCAGUCGUCCACGGAGAUCUGGGAUGCUAUCUGUUACUGUGUGAAGACAGCAAUAUCGCAAUCCCAUGUUGAUCCGGCCGACGUGCUGGGUAUUGGUUUUGAUGCCACCUGUUCGCUGGUGGCCAUAAACGAGAAGACCGACGAGCCAAUGGCUGUGGGUCCUGAUUUCGCAGACCACCUGGAAAAUAUUAUUCUGUGGAUGGACCAUAGAGCAGAGGUCGAGGUCAACGAGAUCAACGCCACGCACGACGAGUGCCUCAAGUACGUGGGCGGCAAAAUGUCGAUUGAGAUGGAACUGCCAAAGAUGAAAUGGCUGAAAAACCACAUGCCCAAGGACUCGAACGGUGAGUCGCUGUUCAAACAGUGCAAAUUCUACGAUCUUGCCGAUUUCCUCACCCACAAGGCGACUGGCUCUGAGACCAGGUCAUUCUGCAGCACUGUGUGCAAGCAGGGUUACAUUCCGGAAGGAAUCACAGACAGAAACGGCUGGUCUUCGGAAUUUUUGAACAAGAUCGAUCUUCCCGAGCUGGUGGAGGACAAUUUCAGAAGACUAGGCGGAGUGGACGGCGUGAACGGCAAGUUCCUGUCUGCAGGAGAAACAGUCGGAAGUCUUACAGAGAAAGCUGCCGAGCAAUUGGGACUGACAACGGAUUGUUAUGUUGGUUCAGGUGUGAUCGACGCUUACGCUGGGUGGAUCGGAACUGUUGCCGCACAGACGGAGACGCCGAUCGCGGAUCUCGUGGAGCAGGAUAAGAACAACAAGGGAAUGGCCAAGGCGAAGGGCAGACUCGCUGCUGUUGCUGGAACGUCGACCUGCCACAUCUGUCUUGACGAAAAGCCGAUUUUUGUGGACGGUGUCUGGGGUCCGUACAGAGACGUGAUGGCCAAAGGGUUCUGGCUCGCAGAGGGCGGCCAAUCGUGUACGGGUGCGCUGCUAGCACACGUGCUGUCUACCCAUCCUGCCUACAUGGAGCUUGGCGUGGCUUCUGAGGCUUCUGGAACGUCGAGAUUUGACUUUUUAAAUUCUAGACUUGAGCAGCUCAAAAAGAGUACCAAGGAGAGAUCUGUGGUGGCACUGGCCAAAAACCUCUUCUUUUACGGAGACUUCCACGGAAACAGAUCGCCAAUUGCGGACCCACAGAUGAGAGCCUCGAUCAUUGGCCAGAGUAUGGAUACCUCUCUGGACUCACUGGCUGUCGAGUACCUCGCUGCAUGUGAGUUCAUUGGCCAGCAAACCAGACACAUCAUCGAGAAGAUGGAAGUUGCCGGCUACGACAUCAAGGCCAUUUUCAUGAGCGGUGGCCAGUGUCGUAAUGGAUUGCUUAUGAGACUGCUGGCAGACUGCACCGGGCUGCCUAUUGUGAUUCCUAGAUACAUCGAUGCGUCUGUUGUGUUUGGUUCUGCCAUGCUGGGUGCCGUGGCAGCAGAGGACGCGCUGAAAAACCGCAAGGGACCAAAUGCCAAGUCUAGAAGAAACUCUGCUGUGUCCAACACUGAUAACCAACAGAACCACCCAGACCAGCCUCCUUCUCCAUACACUGCUCCAUCUGCCACGGCCUCGAUGACGUCGAUCAGCGCUCUGGCUGCUGGAAACGCGCAGUCGGCAUAUCCAUUCCCUACUAUGACACCAAUUGAGGACGAGUCGAAGCAGCUGGGAGCCAAUUUCGACGCGUCGGAUGAGGACGAGGACGCACAGUUGUCGUUCGGCUCCAAGAGCCGUGCACAGGCCACCGCCACGAGAAACUUCAUCUCAAAGAAGACCGGAACCGAGCCAGGCGACAAGCUGUGGAAGAUAAUGACCGAGCUGUCGGGCGUGGGCCGCAUUAUCUAUCCAUCCAGCGAAAAUGACCCAGACAGAAAGCUUUUGAACACCAAGUACAAGAUUUUCCUGGACCAGAUCGAGACGCAGCAGAGGUACCGGGCCAUGGUCGCGAAGACCGAGGAUGCCAUUAAAGCUUACUUGAAUAUAUAG